AUGGCGCAGUAUUACCGGCUCAGAGGAGAGCAGUCACCUUUGCAGCCCGAGCCGGCGGCAGUAUUCUCCGGUCUGGCUCCAGUUGAGCCUGUACUUGACGACCUCGAGCUGGGCGGCAUCUACAUCUUCCCAAAUCCCUCCUCAGCGCCACACAGUCCGAGCCAGUACUCGGAUAUUUCGGCGCCCACAGAUUUCUCGUACUCUGGUCUGUCAGAGCCACGCUCGAGGGAUGUUAGUCCCAACGGGCGCGGUCCGUCGGUGCCAUGGGAUCACGUUGAUGCUGCCUCGUCUCUGACUACGACGGCUGAUGCGUUUGUGGAUGGGGAUGCGGACUAUGAAGGCUCAGUGUGGCAUCUGGUUUCUCCAGACUCCGCGCUGGCUCAAAGGCAACACUGGGAACUGGUACUCCAGCAGCGUGCAUCCCGACACCGUCUACGUGUUGCAACGGAGGGGCCAGAACCUUCCGCGUUGCUCUCCCACCGUUCACAACGUUCCCAGAGCCCACACCCUCGAAUACAUAUCCCCCUUCUCUCGUAUCUUGUUUCCCUCUUUGCCCUCGACGAUGAAACGCUACAUCUACUCCAACACUCCUCUCCGCAGUCCGUGCUUUUCCCUGGCGCCAGAAGUGAAGCGAGAGUAGUUGGAGAUGAUGAGAACCUUUUCGAUAUGAGAGUAACCAAGCUGCUGCAGGCUGUCGACAGCGAUAAAUCAUAUCACUCGUUAAAGGAAGGCUUGGCCAUUUCCUAUCAAUCCCUUCCCACUUCGGCCACCCACACCUUCCCCCUCACGGAAUUCAUACCCUUUAUCUCGAAACUAAUCACGAAUGGUGGCAAAGCACUCUAUGAAGUGUUUCAGAAGUAA